CGUUAUAUCAGUCGACACCGACGUUGUGAAUUAAAUAUACAUUAGCCAGCUAGCUUGUUAGCGGUUAGAAAGUGACAGCGAACGACUAGCUAACUGUCAGCUGCGGCUAAAAAUAUUCUCCUGCCGAAGUAAUCUUCAGUGGGCACAGCUGAACAGACAGCGGGGAGACUGUAGUACUGUAAAUAGUGAGGCGUUAUGGGAAACACAAGUGACAGGGUGUCUGGAGAUCGCCAUGGAGCUAAAGCCCACCGCUCAGACAGCAGUGGCAGUCAAAAAGACCAAGAACCCAGCAGCAAGAUGGUGGACAGCACAGAUGACCCCAACAUCUUCAACACACAUGGGCCUGAGUCCAAGGCGUUAGGAGAGAAAGAGUUCACGCCAGAUCUGGAUGACCUGGUGAAGACCGGCCCUCAGGCUCGACCCACUGUGAUCCGAUGGGCGGGUGGAGGGAAGGAGGUCUACAUAGCUGGCUCCUUUAAUAACUGGAACACAAAGAUACCACUGAAUAAGAGCCAUAAUGACUUCGUAGCGAUCCUGGACCUACCUGAAGGAGAGCACCAAUACAAGUUUUUUGUGGAUGGGCAGUGGGUCCACGAUCCCUCAGAGCCAGUGGUAACCAGCCAGCUCGGCACCAUCAACAACCUGAUCCAGGUGAAGAAGUCUGACUUUGAGGUGUUUGAUGCCCUGCAGGUCGACUCUCUGGAGUGCUCAGACACAUCAGAUUUGUCCAGCUCCCCUCCAGGUCCGUAUGGACAGGAGCAGUACAUCUUCAGACCAGAGGAGCAUUUCAAAGCCCCACCAAUUCUCCCUCCUCACCUCCUUCAAGUCAUACUCAACAAAGACACCAAUAUAUCUUGUGACCCUGCCCUGCUGCCCGAACCCAACCACGUCAUGCUAAAUCACCUCUACGCUCUCUCAAUAAAGGAUGGAGUGAUGGUGCUGAGCGCGACUCACAGAUACAAGAAGAAAUAUGUCACUUCUCUGCUUUACAAGCCCAUCUAAACCUGCACAGUGCAUUUAGAAAGCAGCCUGUUUGUACUCUGCCAUUUUUUGUUUGUUUGUUUGUUUUGUUUUUUAUGAUCACCUUUAGCCAAAUCUUGCACUGAAACCAGUUUACAGGUGAGCUCAAGGCCAGUGGCUGUGACUGCAGCUUGGUUUUUUUUUAAAAAGGUUGCACUUCGGUCUACAUAGGGCUGUGAACAAAAGUAGCGAAGUGUGCAUAUAUGUGCGUGUAGGGUGUCGGCGAGAUGAAAACCAUACCGUGGCUUUUACCUGUGACAUCAACAGACAGAUAAGAGACUGACUAAAUCACUGUGUGUAUUGAGUGUUUGCUGCACCUUCUGAUUACGUGCAUGUUUGUGUGUAAAAAGGAAUUUUUUCGGGUGUGUAUCUGUGUCAUUUUGGCAGGUAGAGGAUCUGUUAACGAUCUGUUUCAUGAACGCUCUCAUUAAGUGCGGGACUUUUGAGUGUUUCUGGUGUGGAUCGACAGAUUGAUUUUGAAGUGUUGCGUCAGCUUAUCCUCCUUCAACUGAUUUGGUGAAACUUUUAACUAACUGACUUGACGUUUCUCUUGGAGAGUGCGUGCAGAGUCACAGAAUGACUUGAUCAUGCCUGCCAUCAGGUUGGAGGUGCUGAUGAGAGCAGCAGACUUGGCUUUGCUUGAACAUGUGGUGCAAUAAUCUGCAAAAGAAAAGGACUGAACUUUGUUUAGAGGUUAGCAGUGGAAACCAUCUGAUGUUGUCAAAACACAUUAGAUGAGUGGACUUACUUACAAUUUCAGUUUUGUUAUUUGUAAUCGCCACUUUAAGUGGAGUACUCGUCUGUUUCAAGAGAAAAUCCACUUUCCAAAUGUGGAAUGGUGGUCAGAGGUCAGUGUUUAGUUCUGUUGUUGCCUUUAUCUUGACAUAAUUUCGCAAGCACUUUACCAUCCUGUGAGCAGGAGUGUCAUUAGAAGCUUUUAACUAUGCAGCAGACAACUCUUGUACUGUAGUUUCUCUGGUCUGUUGAACCCAAUUAGUGCUUUCCUUUUCUUUCUUUUUUUUUUUUAGAUAUGAUAAACUUGCAGUGCUUUGUACGUGUGCAUCUGUACUGAGUUCUAUUUAUCAAAUAGAAAUGUACUGUAUCUGUUACAUGUAUAAUCACACACAGAGGCGUGUGCAACUUGCUGCUUUGCAUGCAUUGAAUGUGUGUAACUUAUGAGGAUUUGGCACCCUUACUGAGCGUGGUUCACAUUCAGAAGCAGAUCGACCGCGAACACCUCGAAAUGUGAUCAGACGCACAUUUUUAGAUGAAUAAACAGGGCUAUGAGUAUGAAUAGUUGCUAUGAAUUUAAACGUACAAGGUUUGCUCACAUGUGUGUGCUUAAUAAGCAUUUAAGCUCAUCUGUAUUGUGAGGUAUGGUGGCUUUAAAAGUUAUUUUUGUCUCUUGUAAGUCGUGUUGUUUAAUUGUCUGCACUUACACAGUAUAUACCCACAGUUGAUACACUUUACAGAUCCAUAAAAGGGGCUUUCAUGAAUCCUGUUGGUGAUCAACUAGAUGCUGAAAGUAUUUUCUGAAUGUUGAGCCUUGCCAAGUUUUGUCCAGAGUUUUUAAGACUUACAGAUAUGAUAAGGGAGUACGGACAAACAAAAUGGUGAAUUAAGGCUAGAAUCCAAAACUUGAAUUUUACAACUGUUUCAUGAAUGUUUUAAAAUGCUUUGCAGAACCAGUGUGAAGAUUCACUGUAUGAGGUUUUACUUGUUUGCAAAUAAAGAGAGGACAUGCUUGUCCCUA